CUGUUUGGAAUAUUAUUUCAAUUUUUCAGGAAAAGCACUGACCCUCGCGUACAAUUUCGAGCUAAGAACCAUAGAAUUCCCGUCGUGCAAACGAGGCGAACCGUGUCUAAACGGUGUUCACGUCGAGCACAACCCGAGACUGCCAAUAAAUGUGCUCGAAAUGAUCGCAUCCUAUUGCAACCACUGUCGCCUAGAAUACUCUCCGCCCUCGUGCGGUCUCGGCAACGGAGCAUAUUCGAUGAUCGACUUCGUAAGGGCGUGUGCUGGGCAAGAGAUCAUUAUUCCCGAAGGACAGGAAUGCCGAUAUUCACUAUUACACGAAAUCAGUAUCUAACAGCCGUCGAUAUCCCGGACAAAGUUCGCUACCCACAGCACGAAAAGCUUUUCCUUGUGAAAGAGAACGUCAGACUGCCUGUGGAAGUUAUACAGAGGUUGAAGAAGAUGUGCACCCAUUGCGAGAUUGAAGGCUUUUUCUCAAAAUGCAGUGGAUUGGGACGAAUCACAAACGUUGCCGAAUUCGUGAAACGAUGACCAAAUGUCGUACUAGAGGUUGAUCUUUCAAAUGUACCGGAAGAACAGCUAAAUGCGUUAUUCGCGGAAGUUGUCGAAAUGCAAAUGUGUAUCACCCUCAGCGGAUCGUCGGUAAAGAAGCUCUCAUUCCCCAAACUGACCCGAUGGCUAUCCUGUGCACCAGGUCAAUUUUUUUUCUAUAAGGUUUAG